CGAUAUAAUACGUAACUAUUUACAAACAUCCAAAGCGAGUAGUUUAUGCUAUGAACACAUUGCUUCACCCUGAAUAAUAUUCUCAAAUAAUACUAUCUAGAAGCCAUAACAAUGAAAUUGAUUAUUUCAGGAGCUACAGGCUUCGUAGCUAAUGAAAUCAUACGACAGGGUUUAAGCAGGACCGAGAUUACAUCUAUCGUGGCCUUAGCUCGCAAGCCAGUAUCAGCUCCCGAAAAGCUUCUACCGAACGCAAACCCUUCCAAGCUUAAAAGUGUCGUAAUAAAAGACUACGAGCAUUAUCCCGAAGAAGUCAAAAAUGAAUUUGCUGGAGCUACUGCCUGCAUAUGGACGGUGGCUAUCACACCGUCAAAAUCAAAGAUGUACGAUUUUGAGGAAGUCAAGCGCAUCUGUCAGGCAUCCACAAUCGCAGGUUUUAAGGCCAUACAUGAGGCUGGUGUCUUAAAGCCGUUUCGAUUCCUUUAUAUGAGCGGUGCAGCAGCGGAACGUGACCCGAAAAAGGCCGUACAGUUUCAGCCACAGUAUUCAUACAUGCGGGGAGAGACGGAAAACCAAGUUCUUGCAUUGGCAGCUGAGCUCGAUGGAGUCGAGGCCAGUGUCGCAAAGCCAGGCUAUAUCACUGCACCUGGCGAAUUUAUGAAGUCUAUUGCCGGCGUUAUGAUAAAACUUGUUGUUGGUAUCCCUAGCAUCAGUGUCGUAGACCUUGCAACAGCUAUGCUAGAUCAGGUCAUAAAUGGGUUUGAGAAAGACCCGUUGAUGCCCGAGGAUCUAAUCAGGAUUGCCAAGGCACAUCAGCAAGUUUCCGAAUGAUAGUUGAACUUGGGGAUAAAAGUUCAAUACAAGAUGUUAAUGAGAUUACCAUACACUCUUCUAUUACGGGAGGGAUAUUAGGAGUAAUAGAUAGAAGAAUUG